GGGUUGCCUGUUGAUGUAGUACAAGCUGGAGAUGCUCCUCCGGAGAAUAUUGUUGCUGUCAUUCGUCCAAAGGCUUUCAAUCCUGAAAACAGUUCCAAGAGAUUGGACCAAAAAUUCAUAGUUAGAGAUAGUCUUGACAUGAGCCUAGAAGUUAAUUUCAGAGAUAGUGGUGAAAAUGUUGGAAGUCAUGUUCAUGUUUAUUCUGUGAGAAUAGCACCUUCUUCCUGUAAGGGGCUUCAUGGCUUCUACAUAUUUCCUCUGAAAUCAAAAUGUCCUGCCUUAUUCCACAAAGCUGGAUCCUAUGCAUUAUCAUUCUCCCUGAAUGGUUAUAGAGAUGUAAGGUUUGAAAAAGUAGUGCAAGUUCAGGCUGCAGCUAAUGUUGGCAGUUGGAAAGUCAUAAGUCAUAAGCUGGAUGCAGUAUAUACUGUCAGGGUAGGUUCUUGUUUUGAACCUCUUUCUAUAGGGUGCUAUGAUAGAUACAACAACAGUAUCCUGUUUACAAGCGUUCCAAAACUGAUCGUCAAGCUUGUCUCAAAUAGAGCAGUUCUUGCACAAGUACGCACUCCGAAAGUGGAUGUAACAGCUGACAAGUUAACUGUGAAACUUAAGGGUAUUGUUGUUAAAAGUAGUAAAUUGGAUGAUAUUCGUCCAACUUAUGAAGCAGCCUUAAGCAUAAGCACGCCAGAUGAAGCAUUCUCUGUUGCUUUCCCAUGUCGAGUUAUACCUGGAAAUCCAUAUACGAUAAUUGCACAUCCACGGAAACUAAAAAUGCAGUUGAUUCCAGGCCAUAUUGUUGAAGAGCUUGCUUUAGAGGUUUUUGAUGAAUAUGGUAACCAUGCUAAAGAAGAUGAAAAAAUCUUGUUGAGUUUAGAUGGUUUUUCAUUCCAAGAUGAAAGCAAUAUUCUUCAUGAUGGCGGGGUUAUGUAUUAUGUAAAGAAGGUGGCUGCUAAUGGGUUUGUUGAACUGAGCAACUCUCUAAAAGUUUCUAAGGGAUAUGGCAAAGAUGUUCUCCUCUCUGCAACAUUCCGAGAUAGAGUCAUUUUCACGCUUAACUUUCAAACUGAAAAACGAGAGAUCCGGACUGCGUCAAAGGUUUUCAAGAACUGUGAAGCAGGUUCUCAACUAGAGAAUAUUGUGUUUGAGGUUGUUAAUCCUGAAGGUGAAGUUGAUGAAAGCAUCCAUGACGAAGAGAAACACGGGCAGUCUCAUACUCUCACGAUUAAGUCAAAUUCAUUUGAUAUCGAUGACUCUGUGAGAUACAGCUUCCGACAUGGACGUUGUACAAUUCGUUCUAUUCCUCUCCCACACAAAGAAGGGAUUUUCUCCUUCUCAGCUGUGCAUUUUCGCUAUCCAGAACUAAACUUAGAUAUUGAGGUUCAUGUUGAGAAGACCUGGCAAGGGAAUUUUGCCGAGAUGGGAAAUUAUGAGGAUGAAGGCAAUCCUAUAUUUUCACCCCAAAAUUCAUGUCAAGAAAACUUACUAAGUCUCCCACACUCACCUGCCCCGAAGGUUCCAGAAGUAGUGAAUAGAAGUCUUUCUCCACAAAGUUCGAGCAGAUAUGUAGUGAAUAGAAGUCUUUCUCCACAAAGUUCGAGCAGAUAUGUGUUGCCGAUUGGUUACUUGCCUUCUCCAAAGACUCCAAAAUUGGAGAGCAGAAAUGAAAAUUCAGAUAUAUCCCCGAUUCUGGAGCUGGAAGAUGAUCUAACAAAUUGUGGUAUGAGAAAGAUGGGUCGUGAAAGGAACAUAGAGAUCCUAAAUACUCGCCGGUCACACAUUGAGCAGCAUAUAUCAGUUUUACAAGCUUCCAUAGACGGUGAUCUUCGUAAUGCAACGAGAACGUGUGCAAAAGAGUUGAUACAGAAACAAAUAGAAAGCAAAAGCCAAUCGGCAUCCGCAGUUAUCUGCAGAUUGCAUGAAGAAGUACCAUUUGAAUCAAGGCCGCGAGACAUACUUGGUAUUGUAGCGCUUCUUGGAACAGUUGAAAGCAUUGAGAUUAGCAGGAUUUUGGCACAAUACCUUGGUGAGGAUCAAAUGCGUGCAAUUGUGUGCAAAAACUACGCAGCAGCACAUUGUUUAGAGACCAAUACCCUUCACGAGCUAGCAACUAAAUUUGGAAAAUCUAUAAGUGGAGGAUAUCUUGCAUUGUGCCUCGAGGAUGUUAGGCCAAUCACCAGUGGGCCAAGCACUAAUCCCCAAGAGCUACUGCCCUUGCAAAAGCCUACCUUGCCGAAUGGCGAUGUGCCACAAGGUUUCAUAGGGUAUGCAGUUAACAUGAUUAGCACAGAAGCAAGUUAUCUACGGUGGAGAACAAAGAGCGGUCAUGGCCUUCGAGAGACUUUAUUUUAUCGUCUUUUUGGCGAGCUUCAAGUUUACAGAAACAGAGAUUGCAUGAUGUCGGCACAGUCAUGCAUUAAAAAUGGAGCCGUGUCAUUGGAUGGAGGCAUCAUGAGAGGAAAUGGACUAGUCUCUCUUGGCCAUUGGGAACCAGAUAUCUUAUUUCCAGUCCAAGACAAGGCUCUUACUCCACAGAGCUUAAAAAGUUUGCAAAUGUUGGAAAGAAAAAAGAGAGAGCUUACAGAGUUAAACCGGCAGAUCGAUGAGGAAAGCAAGGCUCUUGAACAAGACAGAAUAAAGCUUGAGAUGUCGCGAGAUAGGUACAACAGCUACAUGUCUCAGAAUGGAUCCUCAUCGGCAGCAAGAAGAUCAUUGCACUAUUGAUAUGCAUGAUCAUGCCUCAAUCAACUUUGUAUAUAUCCAGAUGACUUCAUGUGUUCAAUGUGCAGAGAGUAUUAUCUAAGCCUAAUACAUAGAAAUCCUUGAAGAUUGUUUGCACAUCCCUUCAGAUUGCAUUAGUAUUUUGCACAACCAUCUCUUGCAAAUCUUUGGUUU